AUGAUUAUUCCGGGACAAGAGACGGACUGGUUGAAGGAAGAGUUCUUCACACGUAUGGAUGUACCGUCCUCACAUCUGGGGAACUGCUUGAACAAAAGUUAUCUUACUAUUCAAAUUGUUUUGCUUAACUUUAGUUAUGAAGAAGAAUUUAUGUAUCCACCUACUUACCGAAACUUGAGGAAGGAUGACAUCACUUCCAGAAUCACAAAAGCCAGAACAAUGUUUGUACGUCUCAGGCAAGUUUCACAAUCACGCGAAGCUCAAAAUCUUCCGAAGACCGUGUUGCUACAUGGUUGCGAAACGUGGAAAGUUACAGAGCUCCACGCAACAACUCCAGGCUUCGUGAACCGCUGCCCUAGUCAAACCCUCAGCAUAUUCUGGCCCGAGUCUCUCUGGCAGGAAUCUCCAAUUAUCACCUAUGGGAGGUUUGCAAUGAGGUGUCAAUUGAUAGGAAUAAAUCACCGUAAGUGGAAAUGUGUGGCUAACGCUCCGGGGGGAUCCAAGUCACAUUGUCCAGCACCUCUCAAGAGCAAGCUCAAGAAAAGACCUGGCAACGAAGCAUCAUUGCAGAGCAUUGUUAAGGAAGGUGUAUAUGACAUGGAGUGA